GUACCGCCACAACCUAAACUUCCGUGUCAUCAUAAUAAUUAUAAUACAGCUGGUGUGAAGAACAAGAUCAACUGAACAGUGGACUAUAUAGACUCUAGACAGAGAUGGCGGAGACCAUUUCCUUCAAUGUACCGACUGUUGAGAUCACAGAAGAUGAUCAGAAGACACUACACGAGCAGAACUCGCAACUACUGGCAGAUGCUCUUGCUAGAAUGGACGGUCUCAUUGGAGACUACAGACCUCCGAGCGAGCUUAUUGAAGUCUCAUUGGUCAACGACCCCGUUGUCAGGGCGAUAGUAGAGCAGGCAGCACUGCUCAGUGAGAAGAUGAAUUCUUGGGACGAGACAAGAGGGGAAGAAGUCAAAGGUCACCCAAAGGACCUCAUUCCCGUUAACACCAGAGAGACGAUAGUCACAUGGUUGAGCAGCAAGAGACAGAGCUCUACGGUAGAACUUGAGAGGCUUCGUGAGGACAAGAGUGAGCUACUGAAACAAGUGGUCUCGCUGCAGCAGCAACUGGAGGCUCUAAACAACGACAGAGAGAAACUGAGUUCAAAGGUAGUUGAUUUGGAGUGCAGAGUGAUUGAGAAAGAGGAGCACAUCAGAAGCCUGAGUGAAGAGCUGAGACUCACCAAGGCCACACUACACACUAAGGAAGUUGAAGUGAGACAACUGCACAGUGAAAUAAAGGCUGGACUCCAGGCCCCGCCCACUGGGAAUGGCAAGCAACGAAGGGUGACUAUUGAUGCCCCCCCUCAAUCAGACAAGCACACUAACGGCCCUACUCGUAAAAGUAGCUUCAGAGCUCUGGCUCGGAAGUUCAAAAAGAAGGCUAAAGCAGCGUCUGUGGAGGAGGUGCAAGAUACCUCUUCUCCCGUCAAACCAGUCAAUUCUCGAGCGUCUGCCUUUUACUCCCUGAGCUGUGAGGGUGUGUGUGAGUGGUUCUCCAGUAUUGGACUGGAUGUGUAUGGUGACCUUGUCACUCAGAACCUGCUGACAGGGGAGGCUCUCGCUGGGAUGGUCAGUCGUCAAGGCAACAUAGACUUUGUGCGUAUGGGUAUUGUGAGCACUCUGCACUGUAAGAAGCUUCGUCUGGCUGUGGAGGAUGCUCUCAGAGAAUUCCCUAGCUCUGUGGGGGGUCUUGAUCAUAACUGGGUGGGGCAAUGGCUGUGUGACAUCGGGCUGCCGCAGUAUCAGAGGACAUUUCAGGAUGCUCGAUUUGACGGCCGUAUGUUGAAUGUUAUCACGAUGGAUGAUCUCAAUUUGUUGGAGGUUAACACUCCCUUUCACGUUGUCAGCAUCCAGAGAGCCAUACAAGCGUUGAGGAUGUGUGGCUACAACGGUGGCUACAUGAAGAACUCUAGCUCUGGGCGGAGUCACGGCUCUAACAAGUUGCUGCAUUGGUCAGCGGGAGAUGUGGAGGAGUGGGUGAGGGGGAUUGAACUAGACGGCUAUGUGGGGGGUCUGAGCGGCACAGGGAUACAUGGAGCCGUCAUGAUGUUGGACGUCCAGUUCACGACUGACAGUCUAGCUCGUGUCCUUGGUGUCACCCCCGCCAAGACCCUCAUCAGAACCCAUCUCUCCCGCAAGUUUAUGGAGCUCAUCGGGCCGAUAGCUUCUCAGGAUAAAUUAGAUGCUAUGCAGUCAAAGUCCUUUGUUCCUCUCGACCCCACGGAGGUAGCCAAGGGGAGGAAGCGAUCACGGUCACUAGGGAGUAGACGAGGGAGACAACCAGUCCCUGAAGUUAUGCUAUGCCCUUUCGAUAAAUUCCCUGAAACGGUGAGCUAUUCUUAUCCUUCAGCAGCAGCUGGGAGUAUAUUGGCCAGUCCCACGUCAACACAGUCGUCCUACUCUGACCACUCGUUACCACAACGACCACCCACCCCCCUCUAGUUUAUUAAUUAUUGACUCUGUAGAAUCAACUUAUAAACUUUUUAUUUUUACCAAGAAUUUUUUGGUUGUUUUUCCCCCUACUACAUGUACUCGAUCCAUUUUUGUUUGGCGUGUCAUUGUUUGGGCAUGCAGUGGUAUAUAGAUUAUUAUGGCAA